AUGUCUUUCUUCAAUAAUUCUAGCCCUUCUGUUAGUACUAUAGGACCCGGGACAAAAUCCGCUAAUCUUGACAACGAUCAAAGCAACAUUCAAAAUAACAAUCGAUAUAGCAAUCAAUACAACAACGACAAUAACUUCCAAAACAACAAUAACAAUAACAUUCAAAACAACAAUGAUAACAUUCUCCCUACCAGCGAUGGCAAUGGCAUCCAAAACAACAUUGACAAUGGAAUUCAAAGCAACAAUGACGAUAAUUUUCAGUACAGAAAUGGCAAUAACAAUAACUUACAAAGUGGAUCAUUACCCAAAAUUAAAUAUUCGUUACCUUCAUCUAGUAUAAAUCAACCAAAACAAGAGAUGUCUCCUGGUUUGAUUGCAGUCAUGGUGAUUGUUCCGCUUGUAGUUGUUUUCAUCAUGUUAUUAAUUUGUCGUCAAAGGUUUUAUUCUCGAACAUCAAAGUUUGAUCAAAGGUCAUUAGGUCAAGGAGAACCAUGUGAUGAGAUUGCAACCUCGAGAGCAAUUGGACUUGAUAUUCCAGACGGAGAGACCAGAUCAGAUCGAAUAAGAAGAAUGAUGCUAGGUGGCAGAAAUCGUAGACACAGUCGAUCCGAUAGUGUUAGCACCGUACCCGAAUAUUCACUUAAUCCUAUCGCGAGUGAGAUGACAAUCUCGUCGUCAGAAUUGCAUUCAAACUCCACAGUUCAGACUUCAUUCUUUUCAAGAUUUAUCAAUGGACUUCACAAUCAAUCAUCCGCACCAACACCACCACCACCUGAUUAUGAAAUCAAUUCAAGUCCAUCAGAACCGAGAAACCAAUUAAGUCGAACUGCAACUAAUUCCUCUUCAACAGGUUCUACCUCAACUUCAAACUCAUCCAUAUUUACAUUUUCCUCUUCAACUCAUUCACCAAAAUCUACCACAAGGUCUAACACCGUCGAUAAUCUUCCAAGUCUUGAUCAACAAUCUAUGAGAACAGGUCAAAGAAAUGGGGAUGCUCAAAUUCCUCAUCACUCAAAUCUAUCACAACUUCAAGUCCAUUCUUCUAGAACUCAAUUACCAUCCAUAAGACCUUUGGAUCAGAUAAGUCCAUUAACCAGUUUUAUAAGCUUGAAUAACACUCCUUUUUCACCAUCACCACCGCUCACUGGACAAUCAAACCCAAAUCAUUCAACCAUAUCAAUUCAUUGA